ACAAUGUUGUCAAACCGGUUUCUAAAUGCAUUAUUUUCUGUGUCAAAAAAUAGAAAUGAAUGUAUGGCAAUCGUGUAUUGUAUUGGCCUUGCUUUAGUAAGAAUUUCAUUUUUAGGGUGUGUAACUUGUUGGGCCUACUGUGUAAUACAGUUUCAUAAUGGUACCCUUAAUUAUGUGGAUUUUGGGUUUAACAUUGUUAGUGGCGCAAACGUCUGCACAAAACUCUGUUCCGAGGUUCAUAGAUUACUCAGCCCUAAACAACAAAUACUUGAGUGAAUCUCUGCCAAUAGGUACAACCAUUGGCACCAUACAAGCCAAUGACCCCGACCACCCCGGCUCCACCCUCAAGUACUAUAUUGAUGGCAAUGGAGGCAGCUACUUCGCUUGUGGUGAGACCACUGGGAUUGUCACCCUCAAGAAACUCUUGGAUUUUGAAUUUGCAUAUGAAAUCAAGAUGACUAUAAGAGUUGUUGAUACAGAUGGCCAGACAAAUACGGUGGACACGAAGGUGUUUAUCAAUGACGAGAAUGACAACUUGCCAGUGUUUGCUGACAAUGCAAUCUUCAAGAGUCUGAGUGAGAAUGCUACUGUAGGAACUUCUGUGGCGUACAUUGAGGUCACUGACCUGGAUGUAGCAAACAGUAUCAUCACUGUAACUUGUCUGGGUAACACACUUCUGUUUAGAGAUGCCUGUGACAAAUUUGAACUUAGAAGGACAGAAAACAGCAACAAGUAUUGGAAAGGUAACCUGCUGGUCAAGAAUCCGCUGGAUUAUGAAACAAGAAUAUCCUAUGCCAUUCAACUCUUGGCCUUUGAUGGUCUUCACAACGUAACAACUGAGGUUCACGUUGAGCUGACAGAUAUCAAUGACACACCCCCUCGUUGGAUUACUAAAGACCCAAAAACAAUUAAUGAAGAAUUGCCCAUAGGGACAUCAGUGAACAGAGUGUCAGCUGUAGAUGGAGAUGUGACCAACCCUAGGAGCAUUUACUAUGAGCUGAUUGGUUCUGAUGAAUUUGCCAUUAACUCCGGUACUGGUGAAAUUACCAUCAAGUCAAGAAUUGAUUUUGAUAAUAUCAACUUUAAAAAAACUGAGCCUUUAGAUUUAACAAUUGUGGCUAGGGAAGUGUUGUCAAACAAUCCACUUCAGCUGGGAGGCGACCCAGUUACAACCUCGGUUGUUCACAUUAAGAUAACAGUGAAUGACAUUGAUGACAACACACCAACCUUUGACAAGAGCAACUACGUGGCCUACGUGGAUGAAAACAUUGUGGCUGGUGCCAACGUUCCUGGGCUGCAGAUGACAAUAACUGACAUUGACUCGGGCAGCUUUAAUGCAUUCAACUUGGUGACCUUGAACUCAACCACUGAGUUUGGGAUCAUUCCAAAUCAAGAUGAAGCCUCGUCCAGUGCCACUCUGUUUGUCAAAGCUAAUGGUCUCAUUGACUAUGAAAGAGGACCUAGAAUAUACAUAAUACAAGUGGAGGCCAGAGAAUAUAAAGCUACUUCUAAUUUCCUGACGGGUACGUGCACUGUGAGCAUCUACGUGAGAGACGUCAAUGACCAGACCCCUGCCUUCAGCCAAGCCUCGUACGUCGUAGAGAUUCUGGAAACAGCUCCAGCCAAUUUUGAUGUCAUAGAUAUGGAUGCCACAGAUUCUGAAGAGGGGAAUUUUGGCACAUCUGGUAUUGUUUACAAACUGUAUGGCAAUAUCCCACCUGUUUUUUCAAUAGACGAGAAGACUGGCAGGGUAACAGUGGCAGCGUGUAACACACCGGGUACCUUCCCCUGCAUUGACUAUGAGAGGAAGAAAGAGUACAGUCUGACGGUGUCAGCCACAGACGACAACGGCAAUGGCAGGGCCAGCUCGGUGCCACUCACCAUCAGGAUCAAAGAUGUCAACGACAACGCGCCACAAAUAGACAGAACUUACCUGAGAUACAUCAACGAGGGCGACACAGUCCCUAUCAAUGGACUCACUAUAACAGCCAUUGACCCAGACACAGUUGGAGGACCACUCCAGUUUACCAGCAACGACCAAACUGGCAUCUGGAAAACAACUCAAGGGCUGAACACCAACAACCAGAACUACGCCAACAUCACAGCCGUACAACCAGUUAUGUAUGGGGACGCUCCCAGCAACGGAACAUUUCAGUUCACAGUUACAGUCACAGAUGGGAGUCAAAUUUCUUACUGUACUGUGACAAUUAUUGUCAUUGACAUAAACAACAACGCCCCAGUUUUUUCUUCAACGGCUUACAGAGCACAGAUUCGAGAGGACACCAGAGGAAAUGUUUUUGUCAUAAAAGUGACAGCUUCUGAUGGGGAUUCCCCUACCACUGGCAAUGGGCGAAUAGAUUUUUCCAUCCAGAAUGGUGCCCUGGGCAAGUUCACAGUUUACAACGCCACCUAUGUAGAGAGUGGCAAGUUUUUUACUGCUGACAUCUACACUACGCCUGAUGCCACUUUUGAUUAUGAUACACAAAAGUUGUUUGAGAUGCAGCUACUAGCACGAGAUGCAGGCACCCCAACCUCAAAGAUGGGCACCACCAAGCUGACGGUGGAGCUCCUAGACAUCAACAACAGAGACCCCCGCAUCAACCCCCUGUCACAGUCAGUCAGUGUACCAGAGAGUAGGUUCAACACCAUGAAGUUUCUGGGUGUGAGUGUCUACAGAAUCCUGGCAGAAGACCCCGACGCCAACAGCAUCUUGAGGUUUUCUUUCACCCCAGACAAAGCUUUUGAUGGAGUGGGCAAUGAAGCAUCAUCCACAGUGUUUGACUACAGACAUAUGUUCAGGAUCGACAGUCCAACUGGAAAUAUUUUUGUCAACGCAUCUUUGGACCGUGACAGUGUGGCCCGCAUCACGUACACUGUCGUGGUGGAAGACAUUGCUGCCACACCCAUACAAAAAGGAAAUGGCUCCUUCAUCAUCUACAUAAUGGAGGUGAAUGACCGCGCCCCCCAGUUUGAUGAGGACGUGUACAACGUGACCAUAGACGAGGAAGUGAACAUCAACUCCUUUGUGCUGAGCCUAAACUGUCGCGACCCGCGGGACAAAAUUGCCAGCUACCAGAUCACCCAGACCCUGCCUCGAGACCGAAUUAAUUACCUCACUCUUCUGCCUGGCUCAGGUGCUUUGAUUGUAAGACUGGUAUGUGUACAGACUCUGGCCAGCCACCGUUGUCCAACUACACUAAGAUCAUCAUCAACAUCCGCAACAUCAACGACAAUCCUCCAGUCUUCCAGCAGCCGAUCUACAGAACCAGCAUCCCUGAGGGCACGUACACUGGUGGCCCCCCUGAAUGUGACUGUGGUGGCCACUGACGCUGACAAGGGAGACUACGGCGUGGUCCGGUACUACAUCAAGGAUCCCACGCUUCUACAGUACUUUACCAUCACCAACAUCACUGGUGAGUUGUUCAUCAGCCCAGGAGCAACGUUUGACCGUGAGACCACCCCAUUUUACAGCUUUGAAGUGUUUGCAUAUGACAGCCCUCUCAACGCCAGCGUGCGCAAGCAAAGCAGUGUUUCAGUCUAUGUGACUAUCACAGAUGUCAAUGACAACUGCCCAGUAUUCUCAAGCUCCGCCUACCAGGGCAGGGUGCCAGAAAGCGCAGGGGUGGGGACAAACAUCUUUGAUCUCAUUGUGACUGACAGAGAUGAAGGGAUCAAUGCUGAGGUGGUCUUUGGCAUCCAGGCAGGCAGUGCUGUACCAGCAGAAACAACUUCACUCUUUCAAUUUGGUCCCAAUGGCCGUCUGAUGGUGAACAACCCUUUAAGGAAGAAAGCUGGUAUCUACCAAUUCAAUGCAACCGCCACUGACAGAGGUUUGAACCCUUGCACUGUGCAGGUCCCAGUGACUGUCCUGGUGCAGGAAUCACAGAAUGAUGCGCCGCAGUGGGUCCGACCCCCACAGAGGAAUUUUGUCAUUUAUGUUCUUGAAAGCCAGUAUGAUGGUAUGCUGGUUUACGGAGCCAAGGCUGUGGAUAACAACACAGGCCCCAAUGGAAUUGUGGAUUAUUUCUUCUCUGUCAAUGGCAACAACCGUGUAUCCAACACGUCCGAGUUCCGCAUCAACCGCGUGAGUGGGGUCAUCCGUGCUGAGAUUGUCUACGACAGGGAACAGAGAGACACCUACUUUCUGACUCUGGUAGCUGUGGACCAAGGUGUACCAGCAGCAUCAUCAGAGACCACCAUCACCAUCAUCAUCCUGGAUGUCAACGACAACAAGCCAGCCUUUCCCAUGAAGGAUGGUGUGGUGACCCCUCUGGUGCUAGGAACAAGUGUCAGCGAUGGUUCCGCUGUCCUCGGACAAGGCCUUCUACUCGGCCAAUGUAACGCCACUGAUGCUGAUUCAGACACAGCCAACAACAAAAUCUACUACAGACUUUUAGCCAGCCUGAAUGACGCUGCCAACUACAUCCGAGUGGACAACCUGACGUGUCAGAUCUACCUGGUCAAGUCACUUGACUUUGAGAGUAACCCCCAGCUCAACUUUGACAUCUAUGCUUACAAUGCAAACAAUGACGACAGGGUCCAGCGCUACAGACGUGAGGUGAACCCAAGCAUUCUGCCAGUGGUUGUUCAAGUCACUGACGUCAAUGACAACCCCCCUGUCUUCACACAGACCCAGUACUAUCAGUGUGUAUCAAAGGACACCCCAUUCCGUCAAGACAUCCUAGUUGUGUCAGCCACGGACCAAGACAAGGGAGACAGUGCAACGAUCAAGUACUCACUGUCAGGAACUGAUGCGUUUGUGGUUGACGACUUUGGUGCUGUCUCUAACAUCAUCUCAUUCAAUGAUGACAGCCGCAGCCAAUUCAACUUCACUGUCUCUGCUUCAGAUGGAAAAUACAAAAAUCAAGCCAAUAUCUUUAUAGCUGUGAUGUCACCUUCGAACUUGGUCAAUAUGAGAAUCAACAGACCCAUUGAGGAUGUUCAGCCCUUCAAGCAGCAGCUCAUUAGGACUGUCCAAGACUCUGCACCUCAGGACAUCCUGUUUGCCUGUAUCAGUAGCAUGAGAACUCAUGUAGAGUCUGAUGGAACUCAGAACCCCCAAAUGACUGAUGUUAUUUUGGCUGCUGUCAACCCACGCUCAGGCAGUCUGUACACCGCGGCCCAGCUCAGCAGCCUGAUAGAGCAGAAAAAAUCUUCAUCUGGCUCCGUCUAUGAUUCCAUCUAUGUCACAAAUGUUGAGGCAAAAGGUGACGAUGGAGAAUUUAUCCUGAAGGAAGACGCUGUGCUAGCAAUACUCAUCAUCACCAUCCUUCUCAUUUUCCUAGCCAUUGUUUUGUUUAUCAUAGCCUGUCUGUGUAUCAGGAGCUCGAAAAAGAAGAAGACAGCAAAGAUCAGAGCCGAACAACACACGCAAGUGCAUUUGGUUCCACAGCCGGUACAGUCUGCUGUGAAUCCAGCCUACCAGCCUGAUGAUGACAUGGGUGAAUAUGCUGUGGUCGCUAAGAAACCAAUUAUCUCCAAGCCACACAGCCCAGUGGUUGUGGCACACAGCCCAGUGCAUGUUCAACAUGUGGAGGACCUACCUCCGCCUGAGCCUGCAAGAACCUGGCUAGAACCUGAACCAGUGAUUGAGACAGAGGUCCUGCCAGCAGCCAGCCAGCACCAGGAACCUCGACACUUUGAGCCUGAGUUUGAGGACAAGAUAGUCAGCCAUCUUGUGGACGACAGGCACCAUGGACAACCAUAUGCACUGGAUGAAGGGGAGAUAGAGACAGUUAUAAAAGAUGACUCCCCAGCUUCCAGCCCAGCUUCCAGCCCAGCUUCCAGUCCUGCUGGCAGCCGUAAAAGUGGUCACAGCUCCAACUGAGGUCUCUCCCAGCCUGGACAUGUAUUAGUUUAUAUGUCAUGUGUCAUUUGUUAAAUGUCAUGUGUUACAUGUGUCAUUUGUUAAAUGUCAUUUUUUCACUCAAAGCUUGUACAUCUCACUAAUAGAUUGCAUGUACACUUGUACAUCUCACUAAUAGAUUGCAUGUACACUAUUGGCAGACUAUGUCAGGUGUACAAAGUCAGUUGUACAGUGUCAUGUAAAUGUCAUCUCAAGUUGGGUGACAACUAGGAAUCAGAAUAGAUGGCCAAUGGUUGUUUGAUGGCCAAUCUAAUGUUUGUGUUAGUUGGCCAAUCCAAUGGUUGUGUUAGUUGGCCAAUCCAAUGGUUGUGUUAGUUGGCCAAUCUAAUGGUUGUGUUAGUUAGCCAAUCCAAUGGUUGUGUUAGUUUUCAAUUGUUUUGAUGAGCCAAUGACUUGAUGUGUUUAUUUCUACUCUACUUAAGAUGUACUUGGAUUGUAACUUGGUAACAAGAUGUAAAUAUUUCAUUCAUGUUCUAGACAUCUAAAGGUGUGUUGACAGGUGCACCAACAGGUGUGUUGGCAGGUGCACCAACAGGUGUGUUGACAGAUGCACCAACAGGUGUGUUGACAGGUGCACCAACAGGUGUGUUGACAGGUGCGCCAACAGGUGUGUUGACAGGUGCACCAACAGGUGUGUUGACAGGUGUGUUGACCUCUUGAUGCCAUGGGUCUUUUCCUGAUCUCUAGAUGUACUACAUAUUUAUUAAUAGACAACACAUUUUAUAUUUAUAGCAAUUAAUGCUAAAUUUUAAUAUUUGAAAAUGUAAUGCAAUUUUAACCAAAUACAUUCCUAUUUUUCUAAUUA